AAAUAUUGGUGGAGAAGCUCUCUCGACACAAAUUUUAUUCAUUUGAUAAAGACAAGAUUUUGAUGUUAAAUUUGACGAUUAUUCAAAUAAAAACCGAAAAUUUAAAGUGGGGUUUUCGAAUGAAGUCAUCUCCAUUCAUCGUUUCAUCAGGUAGACCCAAAAAUCAAACGGUCCAUUUUUAUUGAUUAUGAUUUCUCAAUGAUGCUGCCUGAGAUGUUCGUCGGGAUAAAUUAAUGGGAUUUCUCCAUGUUUGCCAUUUUGCAUCAAAUUCCGGAAGAUAUAGAGAGAAAGGGAAAGGGAUUUUUCAGUUUCUUAGUCUUCGUCUUUGCACCACCCAAUUUUUUGCAUCAUCAUCACCAUCAUCAUGCAUUGUUGAAUGUGAAAAACCAACUUCAAAGGAUUUCAACGCUACCCAUGUUUCGUAUGUGCAUGAAAUACUGAAAUUAUGUGCAAAAAGAAAGUUGUUCUUGCAAGGGAAGGCUUGCCAUGCCCAAAUUCUGCUAAUGGGGUUGAAAACAGACUUAUUAACGUCAAAUAUACUCAUCAACACGUACUCGAAAUGUGGUUCCGUUGAUUCUGCACGCCAAGUGUUCGAUGAAAUGCCCAGCCGAAGUUUGGUGUCGUGGAACACCAUGAUUGGGUCGCUUACUCAGAAUGGACAGGAGAACGAGGCUCUUGGUCUUUUAUUGCAGAUGCAAAGAGAAGGAACCCCUUUUAGUGAAUUCACCAUUUCAAGUGUCCUUUGUGCAUGUGCUGCUAAAUGUGCUCUUUCUGAAUGCCAGUUGCUUCAUGCCUUUGUUAUUAAGGCUGCAAUGGAUUUGAAUGUUUUUGUUGCAACUGCAUUGCUUGAUGUUUAUGCAAAAUGUGGUUUGAUGAAGGAUGCGGUUAGUGUUUUUGAGUCGAUGCCUGAUAGGAGUGUUGUUACAUGGAGUUCAAUGGCAGCAGGAUAUGUGCAAAAUGAGAUGUAUGAGGAAGCUUUGGCAUUGUUUCGAAAAGCUUGGGAAACUGGGUUGAAACAUGACCAGUUUUUAAUGUCAUCUGUGAUUUGUGCUUGUGCUGGAUUGGCAGCCAUGAUUGAAGGGAAACAGGUGAAUGCUUUGCUAUCUAAAUCUGGUUUUUGUUCUAAUAUAUUUGUUGCUUCGUCUCUUAUUGACAUGUAUGCAAAAUGUGGUGGAAUUGAAGAAUCUUAUAAAGUAUUUCAAGAUGUGGAAAGGAGAAAUGUUGUUUUGUGGAAUGCUAUGAUAUCUGGCCUGUCAAGACACGCUCGUUCACUUGAGGUGAUGAUUUUAUUUGAGAAAAUGCAGCAGAUGGGCUUGAGUCCAAAUGAUGUUACUUUUGUUUCUGUCUUGUCUGCUUGCGGUCAUAUGGGCUUGGUUAAAAAAGGACAGAAAUAUUUUGACCUGAUGAUAAAAGAGCAUCAUUUGGCACCAAAUGUCAUUCACUAUUCUUGCAUGGUAGACACUCUUAGCCGGGCAGGGCAGACCUUUGAGGCUUACGAUUUGAUUAGUAAAAUGCCCUUUAAUGCUUCUGCUUCUAUGUGGGGUUCUCUUUUGGCUUCUUGUAGGACCCAUGGGAAUCUUGAACUUGCUGAGUUUGCUGCUAAAAAAUUGUUUGACAUCGAACCACACAAUUCAGGAAACUAUUUGUUGCUGUCCAACAUGUAUGCAGCAAAUGGUAAGUGGGACGAAGUCGCAAAGAUGAGGAAGCUCCUUAAAGAAAGUGAUGUGAAGAAAGAGAGGGGCAAGAGUUGGAUUGAGAUUAAGGACAAGGUUCACUUGUUUAUGGUCGGAGAGAGAAAUCAUCCUAAGAUUGUUGAAAUUUACUCAAAAUUGAAUGAGGUAAUGGACGAGUUACAGAAGCUUGGUUACAAGGCAGAGACUCAGCAUGAUCUUCAUCAAGUGGGAGAGAGCAUUAAACAAGAACUUUUGAGGCACCACAGUGAGAAACUCGCUUUUAUUAUGGGAUUAUUGUUUUUACCUCCCAGUGCACCUAUUAGGAUUAUGAAAAACCUUAGAAUCUGUGGAGACUGCCACUCUUUUAUGAAGCUUGCCUCUAAAUUUGUUUGUAGGGAUGUCAUAGUCAGGGACACCAACCGAUUCCACCAUUUUAAGAAUGGGUGUUGUUCUUGUGGCGAUUUUUGGUGAAUAUUGGUUUUCUUUUGAAGUGCUUCUGUUCCAACACAUCAUUCUAAGUAUAUAGUGAUAUUCCCGUUUAUUUAAUCAAAUAUGCAAGGCAGUAAAGAUCGACUUGUAACAUA